AUGCUGGUAAAGAAACACUCACAAAUUUCAAACACUGCUCAACGGGAUAAAGAUCUACACGAUUACUUGCUGAGCGCUCUGAGUCCUGAACAACUGAAAACCUUUAAUGAAAGUUACAAAGCUAUGGCAAAGGAUCUUGGAGACGAAGGAGCCGCAAACGUACUGGAUCGGAUCAAGAAGGUUGUUGUCUACGCUGUAAACCCCGCCGUUGAACUGGUACGAGCGAAUGGUGAAACACCAGAGCUGGCCUACAUGACGAUGUCUCGACAACUAACCCCGGAUUUCAUACAUGGAGUCAUCAGUCUAGUUAGGGACACGCUGACGCCUACAGAGUGGAAAAGUGUGAAGCAACAUUUCGCGCCGAUGCUAAAAAUCAUGCAGUACUGGGAGCGAAUCUGCGCAAUAGCAACGAAGACUCCCGAUGCAAUGCCCAUAACCGAGCUCUGA